AUGGAUUUCAAUUUCUCUGGCAGGAAGUUCGGCAAGCAAAUACAGAGGCGACAGCUUGACAUCCCGGAAUAUGCUGCAAGUUUUGUUGACUACAAAGCCCUCAAGAAGCUCAUCAAGAAGUUAAGCUCGACCCCGGUGAUUAGCGCUCGGGAUGAAGGGAUUCCUAGCCUAGAUGGGUUUGAUCCACCGGCCACCCUCCAAGCAAAUAAAGACAAAUUCUUCUUUCGGCUGGAGCGUGAGUUGGAGAAGGUCAAUAUCUUCUAUCUCCAAAAGGAGGCUGAGCUGAAGAUUCGUUUGACUUCCUUACUUGACCAGAAGCGUUCCCUGCAAGCACAAACUGCGCCGGUGUCAAGACUAUCGUCAAGAUACAUUGCACUCGAGGAAGGAUUCAAACAAUACGUGAAUGAUCUGAAUAAGUUGCAGCAAUUUGUCGAGGUCAACCAAACCGCGUUUACAAAAAUCCUCAAAAAGUGGGAUAAGACCUCGAAGUCCCAACAAAAGGAGGUCUUCCUUGCACGCGCCGUGGAAGUUCAACCGUGCUUCAAUCAAGAUGUCAUUGGUGAUCUCUCGGACCAGGCGACGACAAAUCUGCAGGAUUUCGCAGACUGGGCCGAAGGUGGCGAGAUCCGACAGACGCCCAAUGAAAGGCCCAUCGAAAUCGGCAAGCCCCUUGCAGAGGACUUGGAAAUCGAAUCUCAGCUCCUUCAAGCCGCCAUAGUCGGCGAUACCACUGCACUCCGAGAAUGGAUCAAUCGACUAGCGUCAUCCCCUGACGCAAAUGAACGAUUCACCAAGGCCUUCCUGAGCACAUCGGAGGAGGCUCCCGAACAGUCGUUGCAUAUCCUCCUCGAGUCACAACUGGUUGACCUAACUCGCACUGAUGAGAUAAAUCAACGCAACAUCCUCCAUAAAGCAACCAUCUCCGGUCGACGGCUGCUUCUUGACGUUGGCGUGGCUGGAAAUGUCGACGCCAGAGCAGUGGACGUCUAUGGGCGACUGCCCAUUCACUAUGCCUGCAUUCACGGUUUCGUUGAGAUGAUUCCACUCCUAGUCGAACAAAGUCCCGAGACGAUCAAUGCGAAAGACCACGACAACUUCACACCGCUCAUUCGCUCGAUCGUCAGCAAUAAGCUCGACUGUGUUCGGGUGCUUCUCGAGGUAGGAGCAAGCAUUGACCCCUCUAGCGAGAAGGAUCAUGUGCCCCUCAAUCUGGCUUGUCAACACGGCUCCGCCCCGAUUGUUGCGUUGCUCCUAGAACGGAAACCAAAGAUACUUCCUGAUGCGGAAGGCUUAUACCCUCAGCAUCUAGCCGCCCGAUCCACAAAGACGCUGGACAUUCUUCAGAUGCUGAAAACCUACGGCGCCGAUUUGGACCAACCCGAUCACUUGUAUCAGUGGACCCCGUUAUUCCACGCGGCUAGCGAGGGGAAUGUACAGUGCCUGAGGCUGCUCAUCGAAGAGUGCAAAGUCAACUGCGAUGCUAAAGAUGAGAAAGGCUUGUCGGCUUUGUACUAUGCCACGUGGGAAGGGCACAUCGAAUGCAUCCGCCUUCUAUCAUGCCAUAUGCGACGAGCUUCAGCUUCGCAUAGGACACAUGGCUUGAAACCAAGAACACCCCUAGCUGUCCCCGUGGUGUCCUCGUCUCCUUUCCCAUCGAGUCUCGAUGCCGAAUCCAUACCUCCGAUCACACUUCCUCCACCCAUCAUGCCGCUCCGACGCUACGGGCACAACUUCCUCGAUUCCAAGACGUUUGUGGUUCUCAACUUCGGGGAUCUCGGUUACGAACCCAUCCAGUUCUACGACGAUAAUAAGUACCCUGCAGCUCGGCUGACGAUUUCUUCCAAAUCCUCCGAUCUGAUUCCCCGAAACCUUUUGCUUCCGAUUCAAGAUGAAUUCAAAACCAUAUCCUUCCAGAUCGACAACGUCGAUACUUUUUCGCUGGAUUUCGACAUCUACCCCACCUUCGGCGCUCGAGUCAUUGCCCGUGCCGUCGCCUCUUCCCGAAUCUUCACGAGUAAAACCUCAUCCUCCGGCCGCUGGCAUCUUGAGCUGCUCGAUCUCCGCCUCCGCACCAUCGGCCGCAUCAGCUUCAACUUCCAAGUCGUUCGCCCAUUCCCCGGCGUCCCUCUUGAGAUCACGAAUUUCGCAACGUACUGGAAAGCUACGACGAACGAACGAAACCCCUCCGAUGAAAUCAUUCCGCAGUCCUUCAGCCCAUCGUCGGCCAUGCAAUCCCUUUCCUCCAACCUUUCCCUCGGUAGCCAUCAUCACACGCCUUCUACACUCAAGAUUACCGGGUCAAGCUUAUCCGGCUCCUAUGUCCGUCUUUUCGUCCAACUGACGGCCGACAAUGUCCCCGUCCUGUAUCCGCAUUGGCGCGUCUCCCACUACGGCCUCGACGUCCCCAUAUCCAACCUCACCGCAUCGCAAUUCUCCGAUAUCGGCGCUUCCCAGCAGAACCGUGUUCCCUUUAGCCUAGAUUCUUUAAAACACGCAACCAUCUCAGACACCCCCGCGCUCAGCUCUCAACUCGCGAAAUCGUUUGCGACGCUCUCCGACGUGCUAUCCGCAGUCCCGCUGGAUAUUAACGUGGAGCUUCACUGUGUUUUCCCGAGACGUGCGCAGGCGGAGCAACUCCGUCUUACUCCCAAUAGGAAUAUCAAUGAAGUGGCGGACGCGGUGUUACGAGCGUUGUUUGAGCAUGCACGACGGAGCAGAGAGGGAGAGCAUGAUGGGACCGAGCACUCGGGACGGGGUGUGGUGUUCAGUAGUUCGAGUCCGGAGCUGUGCAUCGCGUUGAAUUGGAAGCAACCGAAUUAUCCGGUCCUUCUAUGCAGCGAACUCGAUCCAUCCGACACCAUGCCACCCCCUCCGCUUCCACGAUGGGUUUCAUCCACUACCGAAACUGCGACUUCGCAUGUGACGCUCAGUGUCAAGGAAGCGGUACAAGUGGCGCAGAGCAACAACUUCAUGGGCCUGAUAUGCUCCUCCAGAUUACUGGCCCUCGCUCCAGCCCUCAUCACCACCAUCAAAAACGCUGGCCUCGUGCUCGUCGAGGAUAUCCCUUCGGAACCCUCUCCGCGCACCUCUCUGCAUGGUGCUGAGAGCAUGGACGUGGAUUCCGAUCGGACGAAUAAGGUGUGGGAAAGGGGUUCGUGGGGACGAGGCUCGGGCAGUGCGGAUAUUGAUGGCACGUUGACGGGGAAUGCAGUGCUGAGGUUUGUGGAGGGUGUGGGGAUGUGA